UGGAGAGGAGGGGGGAGGUCAAAAACUGACAAGGAAGCAGCAUCAAGAUGCCAUCGAUGCGCGGCAGCCUCCUACUCUACAGUGACGGCGACGACGACACCAGCCGAGGCACCGGCCAGCGCCUCUGCACCCUACGACAUCCGGUCCGGACUGAUCCUGACGCGUCCCCCAAUCAUCACGCCGCGCCAACACCCCUUCGAGUCGGCCUUCUACUUCUACCAGAAGCGGCUGGAGGAGCGGCUGAACAGCCCCUUCAUCCCGAGCAUCUACUUCAAACCCGACACGCCGCGCCGGAUGGAGUGGGACCUCAAGAUCCGCGAGCGCGAGGGCUCCGUGGCCAAGGAGCUGGGCGUCUACCACGGCAAGGGGUCGACGGCGUGGCAGGACGAGCUCAAGGUGGGCGACGACCUGAGCUCCCCGGACAGCAUGCUGUCCAGCCUGCUCAGGGACGCAGAGGUGCGCGUCAGCGAGGACGCGGAGGUCAUCCCGGCCGAGGACGUCACCCCCGUCGAGCUACCCGCCUCCAGGGAGACAGAGGCCGAUCGGAAGAACGACGUGCGCAGGCUGGACCGCAAGCUCGACAGAACUCUCUAUCUCGUCGUCAAGGGGCCGGACGGCAACUGGGCCUUUCCCGCCGACGUCGUUCCUGCUGGGGAGAAUCUUCACGAGUGCGCCCAACGUGUCAUCGAUCAGGCCGCCGGUGUCAAUAUGAAUACCUGGAUCGUCGGCCGCGUCCCGGUCGCCCACGUCAUCGACCAGACUGCCGCCUCCGCAAAGGAUGGCAAGAUCCAGAAGACCUUCCUCCUCAAGGGUCGCAUCAUGGCCGGCCAGGCAAACAUCAAGGGCAACCCCUUUGGAUACACUGAUUUCCAGUGGUUGACCAGGGAGGAGCUCGAGAAGGAGCUUCCCCCUGCUUACUUCAAGGGUGUGCGCAACAUGAUGUCUGAUCGAUAG